AUGGUGAAGUACGCGAGAGAACCGGAAGACUCCGAAAAGUCCGCCAAGGCGCGUGGCUCGGACCUUCGCAUCUCUUUCAAGAACAUGCGCGAGUGCUGCCAGGCCAUCAAGGGCAAGUCCCUCGCCGAUGCGGAGCAAUACUUGAAGGAUGUGCUCGCGAUGAAGCGAUGCGUCGUGUUCCGCCGUUUCUGUGGUGGCGUCGGCCGUACCGCGCAAGCGAAAAACGAAGGCUCCACCAAUGGCCAAGGUCGCUGGCCGAAGAAGGCCGCUGAGGCGCUCCUCGGCUUGUUGGGCAACGCCCGUAGCAACGCCACCACCAAGGGCUUGGACUUGGAGAACCUCCACGUGUCCCACGUCCAGUGCAACAAGGCCAUCCCGCAGCGCCGCCGUACCUACCGUGCGCACGGUCGCAUCAACCCGUACAUGUCCAACCCAUGCCACAUCGAGCUUGUUGUCAGCGAGAAGGUUGAGGCGGUCAAGCGUGAGGCGGAACCGGCGAACCUUACUCGCCGACAAAAGGCGAAGCUUCGCUCCGGUUCCAAGAGCAACUAA